AUGACAGUGAAAUGGGUCUCUCCCAGCCUGCCACAUAUGGUUUGAUUGGAUUCCUCUCCGUUGCAGUUAUUGGUAUCAUUUUUGGUUGUAUCGUCAUGACAGUAAUGAUGCGGAAGUACAGGAGAUCAGCAAAUGAGGCUAGUAGUCAGCAGCAAGGGACAGUGGAACAUAACUGUUACAACGGACCACAACCAGGUGAGGAAGGUUAUUUGGAACUUAACGUUGUCCCUCCCAAGCUACCAGGAAGAUAUUCACGUGAUCAGGAUGAAGCAUACGAAACGCCACGACAUGCUGACGAUGGAGAUGCUUACGAAAAUAUUUAGAUCUAAGAAGAAGA